AAAUUACCGAAAAGCCCCGGGAGGAAACUGAUUUUUUUUUUUCGAUUCCUGAGAAAAUCCUUUUUGUUGAUUGACGACGGCAAAGAGAAGAAGGAAUGACGAAGAAAGGACUCAAGUCGCGGCCUUCUUCUCCGUCUUACACCGGAGGCUCUGCUCGGAACUUAGAAAUGGUUGUGAAGUCGAGCGAAGAUGCAAGGAGCUCUAAAAGACUCAGACUCCAGCCUUUGAGGAAGCCAAAGUCUAGCCUGAAGAAGAAGAGUAAGAAGAAAGCUGAUAAACUCCAUGGGAAUAUGCCUAAAAAACCUCCCACUGCUUUCUUCUUUUUCUUGGAGGAUUUCCGGAAGCAAUAUCAAGAGGAGAAUCCGGAGGUCAAGUCCAUGCGCGAGAUUGGCAAGACAUGUGGAGAGAAAUGGAAAACAAUGACUUACGAGGAGAAGGUAAAGUAUUACGAUAUAGCCACUGAGAAGAGGGAAGAGUUUCACCGAGCUAUGACUGAAUAUACUAAGAGACUGGAAUCAGGUGAAUAUGAUGAAUCAGAAGAGACCGAAUCAGAUUUCUCUGAAUAGACUACCUUCUUCCACAUUAGAAAACAUUGUUCUAAGCUUUUUCUUAUAUGGUUUUGUAUAUCUGUGACAACAACAUUUAGAAGUUUUUUUCUUUUUUUUUGGUUGAGAUAUUUCUUUCAGAUUAAUAGAAACUAACCAGUUUCUUGAGUGUUC